AACAUACCGACAACAACUAUGUCGUGGUCAAAUCCUUUAAUGGCGACCGCAAGUAGUUGAAGGAGGAGAAUUCCUUCGUUCCCAGUACCUGAAAUCCUCAACUUUUCAGAAAGAGCAAAUACAAAAUUCUCAUUAUAGUUCUCCCUCUCCUUCUUCUUCUACACUCAAAUCAGAAAGAGAGAAACAAUCUGAGGGUUUCUGUCAAAACCCUCCCUUUCUUUUCUCUCGUGUCGUCAGUCAACCGGUUCACUUGUAAGAGCUGUAUUACUGCAGUCAUAACUUGAAGGGCAUCCUCAGGGUUUUGGUUGAUGGAUAUUGGUUUCCAUUGUAAGGUUCAGUUUCUACUAUAGCAGCAAAUGAUUUUGUUGGCUUAGUUAUAUUUGCCCCAAACUGUCAAAAUGUGGAAUUUUGCAUCCAACUACGUUGCUGGAAACGUUGGAUUGAAAAAUGACUCUCUUAAGCUAACUCAAGCUGCUUCAGAAUGCUCAGAUGAUGAGGUGUCUUCUAUUGUUAGCAGAGAGGAAGGGCUGGAGUGCCCAAUAUGCUGGGAAUCCUUCAACAUUGUAGAAAAUGUACCCUAUGUUUUAUGGUGUGGUCAUACUCUUUGUAAAAACUGCAUCCUAGGGCUGCAAUGGGCUGUUGUGAAAUUUCCUACUUUACCAAUUCAGCUUCCCCUUAUAAUCUCCUGUCCAUGGUGCAAUCUCUUGUCUUUCCGUCUGGUUUACAAGGGAAACCUCAAAUUCCCUCGCAAGAAUUAUUUUCUGCUUUGGAUGGUUGAGAGCAUGAAUGGUGAUAGAUUAAAGUCUCAUUCUGGUUUCUGUGAAGAUCAUCUGCCAUCCUGGUCAUCAAACAACAGUUUAAGUUUUGGAAAUCAAGUGAGUUGUGGUAAUUACAGAAGGGCACAACGCAGUCAACACUCUGAGCCAGUAGGACCAAACCAUGAUCACUUUCGUGGUAAUAAUUACCUCCGUGUGCAGAGAAUGCAUUCCUCCCUCCGAAAGUCUCUGGUUUUCUUUGUUCAUUUGACAGCCAAGUUUCCCCUGGUUAUAAUAUUUCUUCUGAUUGUCGUGUAUGCAAUACCUGCCUGUGCAGCCAUCUUGGCUUUGUACAUACUUGUCACUAUUUUGUUUGCGCUCCCAUCAUUUCUCAUUCUUUACUUCGCGUAUCCUAGUUUGGAUUGGCUUGUGAGAGAGAUAAUCACUUGACCUGCUACUGGAUUUUACUUAUAAGUAUUGUGAAUAGAAGUUUGGACCUAUAAGAUGACAUCCCUUUAUCUGUGUGUCAUCAACUUUGCAGUUCAUCUAUUUUUUAGCUCCUAAAGUGUGCCCCAGUUGUCACAGGCACCGGCAAAGCUACUGAAUGCUAGUUUCUCUCCAAGUCUUAAAUGAUCAGAACCUUUUCAGUGCCUCCAGGAUAUGGGAUUGUAUGAUAGUCGUUUGUUUAUUCCAGGGAUUUGGUAGAUUGCUGGAAAUGAAGGUUUAGACAAAAUGCAAUGUCUAUAAAGUGAAUAUGCAAAGCUGUUGCUAGUAUGUAGUAAAAUAUUUUUAUGGCGAAAAGCUUUCCUCAUGUAAUGAGAUUGAUGUUAAUUAAAGCUUUGUAAUAGUUCUGUCCUUGUUGUGUUUCUUUUCUUUUCUUUUAUCUUCUCAGUUAGAAUGGGGUGCGAUUGUGUCCCCUGCAGGAUGUUUUUCUGGAUUUUCUUCCUAUUCCAUUAUGUGUCUUCAGGAAAAAGCAGCUAUCAUCAUGUACGAAAUCACAUCAUGUAAUUGAUGGAAUUAUCUUAUUUACAUAAUGAACAAAAUAAAAAUCUUUCU